UUGACUGAACACAUUAUUAAAACAUCAUAGACAAGUCGCAGGAUUUUCCAAAGGCAGUAAAAAAUUGUUUUUCCAGAUCAGAAACUGAUAAAUAACAGUGCACUUGCAUUAGGCCUACAGAGGCAAGGGAAGAAAUAAAGAAAGAAAUAUCAAUUAUCAAAAUAACAUGUAGAUCGAAUUCUACUGGGAAGCAAUUUGAUUUGGCCUAACGUGUACCCGAGAUGUUUCCUUUUUCUAUACUUUUGAUGCGCGCCCACCAUCGGGCGGAAUUAGGGCGGGUCUAGGCGGAAUUAGGCAAGGAAAAUGCCUCACGCAGACGGCGCGCUACGGACAAUCGCUUAUGAUUUCGGGCGUAAGAAUGGCAUAGCUAGAUUUGCUAGAAUUUCGGCAACAAAUUGGUAUACAUUAGCGCCUGUAUAAUUCAUUUUCAGAGAAGUUAUCUGAGAAAAACUGCCCAUCGGGCGGAAACCGGGCAGGGUACGGUAUGUCGACGUGCAAAUCUAAACGUCCCUAAUGACCAGAUUGAAGAGCGCCAUCUAAACGCGAACACCAACAAUAGUUUUCUGCACUUUGCCAGCUCAGGAUAUCACUGGAGCGGAGCAGAGCAUUUGGAGCAGCGGAAACCUACGUUAAGAUUCCCCUGCUCCAACCCGCUGGCAACUUGUCAAAGGAAGAUUGGAUUCAGAAGAAUUGUUGACAUUGUAUUAAAGAGGGCAGCAUAUCGAUCACCAUUUGGCAGGAAAAUGGCCUCCAGAGGGCGUUCAGAGACGGAGGUGUUGAAGCAGAAUUUGCAGGAACAGUUGGAUAGGCUGGUAAACCAACUUUGUGAUCUGGAAGAAGUAAGGGAGGACCUGGAUGAUGAUGAGUACGAAGAAACCAAAAGAGAUACAAUGGAACAACUUGAAGAGUUCAACAACUCCUUGGAGAAAAUAAUGAAGGGGAACAUGAGUUUGGUAGAUCAACUCAGUGGAAUACAACUGGCCAUCCAAGCAGCAAUCAGUGAUGCUUUCAAGACUCCAGAAGUCAUCAGACUAUUUGCCAAGAAGCAACCAGGUCAACUCAGACAGAGAUUAGCCGAUCUUCAACGUGAUGUAAAGAUUGGUAAAGCUUCGACUCUUGUGUAUAGACAGCAAGGAGUAGAAAUCCUCACAGCUCUGAGGAAACUUGGAGAAACGCUUACCCCUUCUGAAAAUGAAUUUUUAAUGAGCAACUCUAAUCAGGCACUGAGUGACUUUGAGAAAGUAACUGGUGAUGUAGGUGGAGACAUCUUGGAGGUAGCUGGAUCACAAGUCCAAGACACAACAAAAUGAUUCCAAGACCUUAAACAUCAAGUCAUUCUAGAAAAACAAAAAUAGAGGGAUUUCAACCGAGAGAUUUGCAGCAGAAUGCUAGUACUUGUAUGUGGCAUCUUAACGCACGUUUACUCAGUACAAAAUCAGCAUUUCCAUUUGCAAACAAGAGCAAAAGGCUUCAUACUCAGAUAUGGCCUAGGAGGACCAGCUUUACGCUAGUUUUUGCUUGGUGUCAUUAAUAUUGAUAUAACGGUAGGAAUGCAUAUUGUAAAUGUACAUUUCACGAUAUGUGUAUGUACGUGUAUUGUGAAAAUGUGAAUGGGGAACAGGCCUUCUAAUUUGUAUGCACUGUAAUUAGAAAUGUUCAAGCAUUUCUUUUUAGUUAUAAAAGGUUUGGUGUAAUAGUCUGAUGUUAUUAGAAGGAGA